UGUUCGUCACUUCGUAAUUAUCAGUUUGCCUCGACAAUGAUAAAACGCUGCAUCACGUGAACUGGCGUUGGAUGCAUGUGCUGAAAUGAGCUCCACCCGCAAGACAACGCGUCACACGAGACGCGAAGCAGCAUAACUGGCCCUCAGAGUCCAGACCAACCGACUGUUCAUACACUCGUGUCGUUCACAGCACAUCUCACGAUGGCGCCCUCACGGAAACGAGGCGCUGACUCGAUUGAGGACCCUGAAGUGUCGGUAAACUCGCCUCCUGCUGGCAAGAAGUCCAAAAGCGCAGCGGCAGCAGCGCAGCCCGCAGGUAAAGACGACGAUGGCCAUCCGUAUUGGGAUCUUUCGGGCAAACGCCGCGCGGGUGUCUCUGAAUUCAAGAACACCAAUUUUGUCAAUAUCCGCGAGUACUACGAGAAAGAUGGCAAGCAUCUGCCCGGCAAGAAGGGCAUCUCUCUGUCCGUCGAGCAGUACACGGCGCUUCUGAAAGCGAUUCCUGGCAUCAAUGCGGCUCUGCGCGAGCGCGGGCACACGAUCAAGGAGGACGCUGAGAUGGACGACGCGCCGGUCGUAGCGGCUCCCGCCAAGUCAAAGUCCGCUAAAGACAAGGCGAAUAUUGAUGCCACGAGUGAUGAGGAUAGUAGCUGAGGCGCCUCCAUAAGCCCAUGUCAGUGGCUUGGUUGUACAAACCGUGAGACCAAGUGGCUCAUCUCAGCUCUGGCCAACGCGGCGUCCGGCGCUUUAUACGUGGGUUAUCCAUUUCGAACUCGCAGGGCGCUUCCGCUCCAAGAUAUCUUAUUAUAGUUUUGAGGUUGCAGUUGUAUGCGGUGCUUCGGAUAGGUUAAGCGCUGGAUCGCGCGGCUAUCUCGAGCACGAAGGGACGAGGGGCAGGAGGAGUGAGCACACGGUCGCAUUGUGCAGUGCGCUCUUAGUGGGAGGCCCAAGUGCCAAACGAUAGCAGACUCGUGUCCUGUCUCGGAAGCUGCUGUCUUCAAAAUUCAAUGUAUAUACAUACGUAUGUGUCUCUUGCAAUACAUUUAUGCAACGAUCAAC